AGCUGAUUGGCCAAAUCCACCGGAAGUGAGGUGCUCACUUCCUGUGUUAUUAUCCCUGCACACUAAUGUAGUCAGUAAGGAAACGUUAGCUUAAAUGUUUAAAAGAAGUCAGAGGUGCGCGACAUAAAUCGUAUAAUUGAUAACGCACACUGCAGAGCCAAAAUCCUAAUGGUGACAGCAUGAAGAUGAAAUCUGCCAAGAAGAAGUCUUCGCGAAAACAAACAAAGACAGAAGAGAAAGAGCAAGAUCAUAUGAUCAUAGUUAAGACUGAGUCUGAACAUGAGGGCGGCAUUCACAUGAAUGGAGACGGUCUUGACAUCCAAAUCAAGGAGGAACCAUGUUCACAUGAGAUAAGUGAAGAGCACAAUGGAGACUCGUCAAGCUGCUCAGACACUAAACCUGACACUGUGACACUCACGUCAGAUAUUCAUGAUGAGCAGGCACACAUAAAGGAGGAGUGUGACUCUGACCAUCAGCCAGAAUAUGAAUUCACUGAAGCUGCUGUCAAGGAGGAGCCAGAGCCAUGGAUUAAAGAGGAGGAGGGAGACAGUGAAGAGGAGGCCGAGGAGAACGAGGAGGCAGAGGGGAACGAGGGGGUCUGCACAGAGUCAUCGUCUGAGUUCUUCCCAUGUCCUCACUGCAAUGUCUCCUUUACUGACUUGGAGUUCUUGGAGAAGCACGUCAAGUGGGUCCAUCAGAAACAGUAUCUUGCCAAGUUGAAAAAAUGUCUCUCAAACAGCACACUAAACCUCAUCCCUAAACACACCUGCACUGUCUGCAGCAGCACCUUUAAGUCCAAAGUAUACCUGAGGCUCCAUGUACGUGAAGCCCAUCCUUCAGCCCCUCCACGCCGUCUCCACCCCUGCCCCACCUGCGCACGUAGUUUUCAGUACCUGAAGAAUCUGAAGAAUCACUGUCAGCGAUGGCACAACAUGUCUGUGGUAACCAGAGGGGGGCACCUCAGCUGCGCCGACUGCGGGAAGAGUUUCAAAGCUACCUGGGGACAAGGUCCUCAUUUGUGUCAUGAACCGGAUAACACAGAACCUGAGGAUAAGCCAAUCUGUCUGGACACGGGUGUACAGUGUCCAGAAUGUGGUAAGAAACUAUGCACACCUCAAAGCCUGGAGGAUCACAUGCGCACCCACACAGGUGAUCGUCCGUUUGUCUGCAGGGAUUGUGGCAGGAGGUUCGUGGAGCGCAGCGGUUGGCGGCAACACAUGAAAAUACACACAGGGGAGAAGCCACACAAAUGUCAGGUGUGUGGGAAGGCCUUUAUAAGAGCACACCACCUCAGGAGCCACUUAACCACACACUCUGGCAAGAAGGAAUUUUCUUGCUCUGAAUGCGGAAAGGAGUUUGGAUUCAAAUCAAGUCUGAAACUGCAUCUGAGGACGCAUUCCAGUGAGAGACCCUUCCACUGCAAUGUGUGCGGGAAGAACUUUAACACUCAGAGAAACCUGAGGGUUCACUCCAAAACUCACACCAAAGAGAAAGCUCACCAGUGCGGGGACUGUGGGCUGAAGAUUGGAGACCUUGGGUCUUUGAAAAUACACCUGCGGACACACACCGGAGAAAGGCCUUACCACUGCACAGUCUGCGGCAAUCGGUUCAUUCGGCUUUCACAUCUGCGAAACCACCAACGCACCCACACUGGUGAGAGACCCUACAAAUGCAAUGAAUGCGACAAGAGUUUCACCCAGUCUGGCGACCUGGUGAAGCAUAAGAGAAUACACUCCGGAGAAAAGCCCUUUGAAUGUCCAGAGUGCCAUCGAUGCUACACCUCCUCUGGUGAUCUAGGUAAACACAGAAGGAGUCACACUAACCUGCGUCCCUACACGUGUCAAGAAUGUGGUAAAAGCUUUCGCUUGUCAGGCCACCUGAAAACUCAUAUGUUAACGCACACAGGUGAGAAGCCAUAUUCCUGCCCCAACUGUUUACGUAGGUUUGCUCGAUCUCACCAUCUUUCUGGACACGUGGCUAAAUGUCGCUAACCUGACAAGCCCGAUGGUUUGUUGGAAAGAAUGAUCUCGUAAAUUGAUUGUGGAAACUGUUUGGAAAAGGACAGGCACUUUCAAGAAACACUUGGCAAGUGAUUCAAAGAACUAUCUGCUCAUCACUGUCUGUCAUGGGCUAACCUCACCCAAUCACAUCAACAGUAGGAGAGCACUACCACCAGCGGGGCUGGCUGGUAAAUCAAACCUGACUGCCAAAGCCAGUUGGGAGAAGAGCGAAAAUAUCUUUCCCGCUAAGGAAAAGCCUUCAGUGCCGUUAUUUGCUCUAUUUCAAUGAAAUGUACUUUCCAUUUCCAUCAUAACUUAUGCUCUAGCAGCGUCUACACUAAGAGUCUUGGGGAGCCACCAUUGUUUUCCAUCAAAUAUUCAUAUCUAAAUCAUGCCCCAAAGCUGCCAGUAGUUCCCCAGUGGAUGCAAACUGGUCAACCAAUGUGGUUCGACCACAAACACAUGACAGCUGACUGAUUUGUGAGAUCACGUGAUCACAUGAUCACGUGAUCUCACAAAUCCAGCUGUCUCGAGAGGACUGUAAAUAAGCUAGCCUGAUUUAAAGUAGUAAAUAUGGGAGCUGCAUACUGUCUACUACAUGAUCUAUUAAUGAAUGUGAAGUCAAAACUCAUAUCUGUAUAUAAUUAUUUAUAUGAAUCUGUAACCCUCUUGACUCAUAUGACUGUUUUAACUUAUUAGUAAAGGUGCAUUUAAAUCAUGACUCUGACAUUACGCUGCAUGGAACUUUUUUUACAGCACUAUCCCAGACCUUGUAUAAUUUGUUUUUUUCAGUAUAGGUUUAAACUGGUUUUGCAAGACACUAUUAAAAUGGACACUUGGGGACUUGGUAUGAAGUAGAAGUCAGCGGGACAUUAAAAUGACAUUUUUUUUUUCUUCUCCGGGAAUAGUGUCAGUGUGUGUGUAAAAAUGUAAUAAAUUAUUUGAUGAAUGCAUGAA